CUCGUUCACAGUCAAUUCUAAUCCGGAAGUCUCGCAUUUUUACCGCAUUUACGGGAUCAAUAGUAUUGUGCACCGCAAGUGAGCCGCUUAAGCAGUCCCAACCAUCGACUAGACGGUUCAUUGAUUUUCCCAUGAUUACGGAAGUGCCUAAAAUUUCUCGAGGAGCAUUUGUUGUUUUGGAAGGCGUCGAUAGGUGCGGCAAAACAACGCAAUCCGGUCUUUUACUGAAACGCCUUUUGGCUGCCGGGAUUGCCGCUUGUAGCAUGCGCUUUCCGGACCGUACCACAGCAACGGGAAAAAUCAUUGAUCAAUACUUGCAGAGCUCGCAAAAUUUGGACGAUCGAGCGAUUCAUCUCCUUUUCUCUGCCAACCGAUGGGAAUCGGCCGAUGCAUUGACAGCCCAUUUACAAGCCGGAACCACCGUUUUGUGCGAUCGAUACGCAUACAGUGGCGUUGCUUUUUCCGCAUCUAAAAUUGAUAAGAAGGGAAAUUCCUUGCUUUCUCUUGACUGGUGCCAGGCUCCAGAUCAAGGCCUACCCGCUCCUGACUGUGUUAUUUUCUUGGAUUUGAGUCAAGCAGAAGCAGAACAACGGGGCGGCUAUGGUGGAGAACGGUACGAGAAGAAAGAAAUGCAGAUUCGCGUCCGACAUAGAUUUGGCGAUUUGGAAGCUAUAGAUAAGGCUUCCGGCCGUGUUGCAUGGAAAUUCAUAGACGCAGCACAAUCUGUUGAGCAGGUAGAAAAUGACAUCUGGAAAGCGGUUGAAGAGACAAUCCAAGCAGUGAAAGGUAGCAAAGCCUUGGGGAAAAUGUGGCAAGAUGGGGAAUAUGAAUUCAAAUCAGUCGGUGAUGGUGAAUCAGAAUCACCGUAA